GUGUUAUUGUAGAAAACAUGUCGACGUCUUAUGUAAAAUGGAAAUAGACAAAUUUAGUGGUAAUUUAUUGAAACAGAAGAGAGGUUUUGGACGAAUUGAACCUGGAUUAAGUUCAGCACCUUACUUGUGCUUUCUGGUUGUUUCGAAAAUUCUCUAUGUCUAUGGAUUCUUCUUAUCGUAUGAUUUAUUAAAGAGCGUCCAUAUUGUUAUAUACUUGUUGAUUAUACGUGCAAGUUCUUCUUUGGUUUUCGUUCUCCUGCAAAAGCCUUUGUCGUCUGGGAAACCGUUAACAGCAUUGCAGUGGUACCAAAUAGCAAAACAUGCUUUGUUGUCAACAUUUCUAUCAUUGUUGCUGUAUGAUGGAUUGACUCUUUGUGGCCCAUUAAGGACUUUGUUACUUUCGGAACAUAGCGAUGUCGUGGUCUUUGGCGUGUUGACAGUGCUCUUCAAGACUGGCAAUGCUGGUCCAACAAAGAUUCGUGGAGCGUUAUUUUUCUUGUUUGCAAUGAUUGCUCUUUUGCUGUUUGACAACGAUGAAGUCACUCGUGAAAACGAGCAUCCGGACGGAGCAGAACGUAGCCAUCUCGUUCAUUAUUUUUAUCAGUGGAAAGUACUUACUCUUCCAGGCCUUCCACGUUUAUCUGAUCAUAAGGGUGGCAUUUUGUUGCUAUCUGCUGUUCUACUUCUUAAUGUCGGCAACAAGAAUUAUGGUAGAAGAAUUGCUGUUGAAAUUGGAGGCUCAAAGAGAUUCAAUUCUCACGAAUGUUUUGUCCGUUUUUUUCUAUUGGUUCUGGCCAUUAUAUUUUCCAUCUUUUUCUGGGAAAGCGGUAUUUCCUGGACCGAUAAACUGUUAUCGUUUGUCUUGAUCUCCUUCACCAUUGCGUUUGAUUUUUACGUCGAGGCGAUUUGUGCUGCAAAACUGGACGCUCAUAAGACAUCGAAAUGGGGAUCGGUUGUCACAUUUAUUUCUGCGUUCACCUUUGGAAUUCUUUGGAACGAUCAUCACAUUAGAAUCUUCAUGUUUCCCUUUGGUCAAGAUGCUUUCGAUGAGCACGGCAUAUCGGGAAGUGUUGUUCUUGCCGUUGUAUUUUUUUCCUUGGCUACUCAUCUUCUAUCUCGACAUUCCCCGACUCAACAAGGUGUAAACAAAGGCAUCUUGAUUGGCUUCACAACUUCUGGCGAUCCAAUGUAUAGCUUCACUUCUCCGCCGUCUUUAUUGGCAAGGCUUAAAGAAAUUCUUAAGCAAAUUUUGGCAAAGAACGAAUCACGACAAAUAUUUUACUUCUUUUGCCUAAACUUGACGUUUACGUUUAUUGAGCUCUACGGAGCUUGGAAUAACAGUCUUGGUUUAAUCUCCGACGGCUUUCACAUGCUCUUCGAUAGUUCAGCCCUCAUUUUAGGCAUCGCUGCAUCUUUAUUAAGUCGCUCGAAGCCAACGAAGCUCUUUUCUUUUGGAUAUGGUCGGAUUGAGUAUUUGUCUGGCUUUGUCAACAGUUUAUUUUUAACUGUCAUCUCAUUGUUUAUCUUCGUGGAAGCACUUGAGAGGUUAUUUGAUCCACCUGAAGUCAGUACUGACAGAUUAUUGAUUGUUUCUAUUGGUGGACUGGUUGUUAAUCUUGCUGGUAUUUUUGCAUUUAGUCAUGCACAUGGCCACUCACAUGGUCACUCACAUAGCCAGUCACAUGAUCACUCACAUCAGCAGUCACAUGGUCACUCACAUGGUCACACACCUGGCCAGUCACAUGGCCAGUCUCAUAGUCACUCUCCUGGUCACUCUCCUGGUCACUCACAUGGUCACUCACAUGCUGAUCAUCAUGGACACAGUCAUAGUGGUCAUGGUCACCAUGGUCAUCAUAAAGAAGGACAUAGACAGGGUAAUAAGGAACAUAGCCACAAAUGCACAGGGGGUCAUAAAACUAGUGCAAAUAUGCAAGGUGUGUUCCUUCAUGUCAUGGCUGACACAUUGGGCAGUGUGGGAGUCAUAUUAUCUAGUCUAUUGAUAGAAGCAUUUGGUUUCCAACGAGCAGAUCCUAUAUGUUCGUUGUUUCUUGCUGUGUUGAUAUUUGCUAGUGUUUUGCCUCUCUUAAAAGAAUCUGCAUUUGUUCUUGCUUUAAAAGCACCCAAUGAUUUACACGAUCAACUGAAUGAUGCCUUGCAUAAGGUUUUAUCAAUUAAAGGUGUUAUCAGUUUUCGAAAUCAACAUUUUUGGACACAUUCUGAUGAUCUGAAAGCUGGUAGCAUUCACGUUCAUGUUUCUCCUACUGCCAUUGAAGCAAACAUAAUUUCUCAGGUGAAUGCAAUAUUUAAAGAUGUGGGCGUGAAUAAAUUAACUGUUCAAGUGGAGAAAGAGGUAUUUUUUGAACACAUGUCCGUGCUAUCUGCUGGAUAUAAAUCUGUUUUACAGCUGAAAAAAAAUUUAGAGAUGAACUCUGUUAGGCUAGAGAGAGAACAAAAUUUUAUCAACUCAAUUUAAUGAACACAAAGUAUCAAAAAAUUAUUUGAAUUUUAAAAGGAUCAGAUUUAGUUGUUUUCUCUUGCAUAUUACACAAAUGCAUAUUAAUAAUAUUUUAUGGAGGUGA